GGGGUUCGUAUACCAUACAUCCGGCUGUACGGUGAGCACCGUACAGCCGGCCCAAUUUUAGUGUUUUUAAAUUACUUAACUGUUGGCCCGUGCUCCAAAAGCCCAAAAUUUGAAAAUACCCGGUUGCGGUAAAAUAAAAUACAUGAACGAUUUUUUUUAAAAACAAAAAGCAACUGCAAAUCUCUCAAAAACCGCAAUCUCUUCGCACGAGACACAACUCUUCCCAACUACACCGCCAUAUCUGUAUCUCGACAUUAAUGGUGACCAGUUAAUCGGAGUUGUUGCUUUACGAGCUAGAAGAAGACGGGGAAGGAGAUCUGAGUUCCGAAGUGUUAGGUUUUGAGUACUAAGAACGAACAGAGCUAUGGAUCUCGUUUCAGAAUGGAACAUGCUUUCAAAUGCACAUGAAGAACACGAAAGUGCUGAAGCAUCUGAAAAAAAUCCACCAACAAAGGUUGUAACAGAGAUUCCAGUCCUGCGUAAAAUACCAAAAAGGAAAGCAUUAAAAAGUCCAAAAGUUUCAAAAGCCCUGAAGCAACAAAAGAAGGUAGGUGUUCAAAAGAAAAGAAAAGCAUCUGAAGAGGUUUUAGAAGUUAAACAACAUACAGCUGCAGAUGAGGAUGCUGUUGAUGGAGAAAGUUUCAAGCAGAAUGAGGAUCCAGGUCAGAAUACAGUUCAAGAAAAAAGUGAUGAACAAGUUCAUCAAGAUACUGUUCAGGAAGCUGAAAAAUAUAUUGAAGAAUAUGAGCAUGUAGAGGGAGUUAAUGAGAAAGAAAAUGAUGAUGGCACUACAGCAGAUGUCAAUGCUUUAGAAGAAGUUGAGCAACAUACUGCUGCAGAAAAGAAACAGCUUUUAAUGCAAGCAUUGAUAGAAGAAGUGGGUGAACAAGAGAGUGGUGAAAAAAGAAGAAAGAGCAAAACAUCAAAAGCAAGAAAAGUUGAGAAAAGUGCAAUGCAAGUCUUCUCAAGCAAAAGAAUAACAAGAUCGCAAACAUCAGAAGAAGGUGAUAACAAGGAAAAAGAAGUUGCGAAAACUGGAAAUAAAAGUAAAGUGGUAGCAAAGAGAGAGAAUAAAGAAAAGUUGAAGAAAAAGAAAGAAGACGACGUAGAAGAAGAUGAAGAUGAGGAAACAGAAAAGGAGGGUGAUGAUAACCUUCCAAAGCUAUGGUCAAGAAUGUCUCCUAGAAGUCUAACUGAGGUAAUCACAUCCCUCUCUGAAGAACAGAAGGAAGAAGUGGUAGACAUGGGGUUUGGCCCAAUACUACACUUAAAAAUCAAACAAUUGCCAAUGCAGUUGGCAUAUUGGGUUGUGGACAGGUUUGAUAGCAGGAGUGUUUCAUUGCAUUUGCCAAAGAACGAGAAAUUGCGUGUCACUGAAGAUGCAAUACACUACACAAUGGGAUUUCCAAAGGGAAACUUGGAUGUGAAAAGGUUGAUAGAUACUCAAGGUGAAAAAACAGCAGAGAUGGUGGCUGAUUGGAGAGCACAGUUCAGUAGUGAUAAAGGACUUGUGAGGACUGGUGAACUGAAAGAUCUAUUGGAGAAAAAUAAACAAGCUGGAGGCUGGUUCAAAAAAAAUUUCUUGGUUCUCCUGGUGACUUGUUUAAUUGAAGGAAAGCAGAAUUGCUUUGUCAAUCAAAGCAUACUCAAAGCACUGGAUGAUGAGUCACAAAUAAAGAAUUUUAAUUGGUGCAGUUAUGCUUUGCAGACAUUGAUUGAAUCAAAGGACUACUGGAAUAAAAGCAGAGCACGACAGUUCCCAGGACCUCUUCUCUUUUUGAUUGUGUUUUAUGUUGACAAUAUGGUAUUCAAAGGAAGGAAAGUAGACAGAGGCUUGCCAUCUAUAGUUGGAUGGACAACUCAGAAUCUCAACAAAAGGGAAAAGGAAGAGAUAGAAAGUGGAGGGUUUGGAUUUGGAUACAUAGAUGAACCAAAUCAAGGAACUCUUACAAUUCCAAAUCUGAUUCAGAAUGAAGAGAAUAAGAAAAACGAGGAAGAAUGCAGUGAGCAAGCAGAUAAGGAUAUCAUGAAGGAAUUCGCUUCAGCAGCAAAGCAUUUGGCAGAUAGCAUAGCAAACUUUGAUGAAAAGUUUCAAGAAGCUGCGAAGGUGUUGCCUGAUGAUGAAAAAAUGAAGGUUUUGCUAGGUAAAGUGCAUGGACUCUUCAACACAUACUCAACAGAGCCACAAACAACUGAAAAAGAAAUAAGAAUGACUCCUGAUGAUGAGUUUUGGACUGAAGAGGUUUUAAAGGCAGUUGAAGCUAUUGAAAAAGCUCAGAAAAAAAGGAAUGAUAGGCCUACAUUAAUACAAUACGAAAAGCCCAGUUUCACACUGCUUUCACAAGAGUCAAAUGAGCAUGCAGGUGGCCAGGAAGAUGAAGAACAGAGAGAUGAGCAUGUAUAUGCAGUUGAUGAGCAUCAAGAGGAGCUUGAUGAGCAACACAAUGAAGCUCAGGUAGAUAAUGAAGAGGAGGUGAUAAUAAACGCAAGUGAAGCUAUUCCUGUGACUGAAUUAAAAGAGCAUGAUAGAAUAAAGGCAUCUGAAAAGGGAAAGCAAGCUUGUUUUGAAGGAGAGGGCCAAUGUGGUGCACAUGUGGAAAGAGAAAAAAGACAAGUAAUGCCUGGCCCUGCUCUCAAGUCUCCAUACGUGAUCAGAAUUACAGAAAUGAAGGCAGGAACAACUACUGAAGAAGUCAAACUAGCUAAAUUUGUGUUUGAAGAGAACUCUGAUAAAUCGGUUGUGCUCUAUAAAGAUGGAAAUCUGAUUGUUUCAAGAAAGGAGAUGGAGACUUUGAACAUUGAUUCCAUAGUCAGUCCACUGUUGAUAGAUUUAUGGGCGAUGAUUUUGAAUGAAUUUGAGAGUCUGAAAAGCACUCAAUCAAGGAAUAGAUUGAUAUUCACAACAACACCAUGUAGAGUGUUGGAGGAAAAUCAGAUUAGUGCUGCAGCAACCAGAAACAAGAGAUUCAUUGAAGCUACAAGGAUCCAAUUCAAAAGGGCAUUGCCGAAAGUGAAGAACAUGGACUUGUUUAUCUUCCCAGCUGAACGUAAUGGUAGCUACUACCUAAUGUGCUUUGAUAUGAAGUACAUGAAGUUCUUAAUCAUUGAUAACUGUGACAAGGAAAUAGCAAUAGGAAUGAAGUACCUUUCUCAACCAACCCAACUGAAAAGUGCUGUACUUAAAUGGCUUAAAGAAGAAAAACAUCAGCAUGCUGACAAAGUGAAGAAUAUGAAGCCAGAAGUAGUCAAAAUGGCAUGGAGAAACAAAAAAAACAAAGCUAAUGAUGGUGUCUAUCUGAUGAGACACAUGGAAACUUUUAAUGGAGAGACAGACUGGGAUUGUGGCCUAGAAAAAGAACAUGAAAAGCACAUACAGGUCUUGAGGCUUAAAUACUUGCACAAGAUGUUGACAUUUCAAAGGAAUGAAGUUAGAAUGGAGUUGAUGAACAAAGUGAAGGAAAUGUAGUUCUUCUAAUGAUACUUAUGUUUAACUUAGUUUAAUAUGAACUUCAAAUGCUUCUAUGUUUUUGUUGGCAAAAGACAUAUUUUGUUCUUGUUAAUGUUCGAUGGUGAAUGUACUGGACAUGUGUUUUUAUGAUGAAAGAGACACUUCACGUUUAUGGCAA